UACCCGGACCAGUUACACGGCGGAGGUUUCUACACGAAACUAUUACUCUGCUGCACACGACGGAAGACUCGCUAUUGUGUUUGUUCAGUUAUAAUAUUUGUUCUUUUUCUGCGGGGAACAUUUUUGUAAAACAAUGAACGAGUGGAGUCCUCUGGCGAAAGUCUAUGACCCCCUCAAGGCUGGCAGCAUCGACAGCACAGAUGUCGAGCCUCAUGACCGGGCCAUAUGGAGGGCAAUGAAUGCCAACUACAAGCCCAACAAAGAUGUAACGGGUGACCCUCAGCUCACACUGUUUGUCGCACGGCUCAACAAAACCACAUCAGAAGAAGACAUUCGCGCCGUUUUCUCCAGAUUCGGUGACAUCCGACGGCUGCGGCUCGUCCGGGACGCUGUGACCGGCUUCUCUAAAGGCUACGCUUUCGUGGAGUACAAGGAGGAACGCUCUCUAAUGAGAGCAUGGAAAGACGGCAACAAGAUGGUCGUAGACCAGCACGAGCUCUUUGUGGACUUUGAGCAGGAACGUACGCUGCAGGGAUGGAUACCUCGCCGGCUCGGUGGCGGCCUGGGAGGAAAGAAAGAGUCGGGCCAGCUGAGGUUCGGAGGCAGGGACAGACCAUUUAGGCGACCCAUAAACUUGCCCGGUGCGAUGACCAGACCAGUCGAUCGGUGGAGAGAUGGAGACGGAGGGAGAGCAGAACGACAGAAAGAUGAGAGAAGAGAUGCAUCUCCAGGUUGGGACAGAGAGCACGGGCGACAACGGAAUCGCAGGGACGAAUGGGACCGAGGUGGCAGGGAUUAUCAUAAAGACAGGAGGGACUCCAGACGAUACAGGGACAGGAGUAGCGAGAGAGAAUCUAACCGAGAGAAGGAAGAAAGGAGAUAUCGGGACUCGUACAGAGAGUCAGAAAAAAGAUGACUCGGCUAUAAACUUUUUGUUGAUUUUGCAAGGCUUGCUUUUUCCUAAAUAAAAAAAAAAGCAAGUAAUUUUUAAGGCGGGUCAAAGAUCUGGAUGGGACAGAGCUAAGUGCACAGAAAAGCGUAAACUGAGUCUGAGUAUGAAGAACCCAUCGUUGUGCUUGGUUUGCAUUCCAUAGUAAAAUAUAUUAAAUUACCAAGAUUUCUAGAGAGAGUUGCCUUUGUUGCAUUAAUCAGGAUGUUGAAGAAACCUAAGAGAUGUUGAAUAUCUGUACCAGAAAAUUUGAUUAUAUGAAUUAUAUGAAUAAAAACCACAACGACAGCA